CUGGCCACACCUCUUUUGAGAAAUAACGAGACACUCACAGUGCAGUGCAGUGCUGGCUAUAGAGGACCUGGUGAACACAAACAAGGCCUUAAUUGGAGGGGAGGUUGAUCUAACAAGUAUGCAAAGCAGUGGCCUAAAUUAAAAUUAAAAUUUUAUUAGUUGAACAUCUAACACUUUUAUCUCCAGUUGCAUUGUAUCAACUGCCUCUCAGCAAAUGGAAGGCUUUCCUUACCUUGAGAGCAAGGAGUCCAUUCAGAGCUACCUGGAGUCAGUGGCUGGAGGGGAGGGAGUGGGGCUGGAUGACCUCAGGCUAGCAACUACACUGGACAACAGGGACAAACUGGCCUCCUUUAGAGCAAAGUUCUGCUUGCCGACAAUCGGUGAAAUCUUGGAAGGGCAAGUAAUAGCUGAAGGAGUGGACACUGCUCAGGACUGUAUGUACUUCAAUGGAGUCUCCCUGGGUCUUCAGCCAAAAGGUGCGAGAGAGUUGAUCACAAAACAUCUCGACAAGUGGGCGUUGCAAGGAAUGGAAGGUCACGUGUUUGGGCAUAACUCAUGGAUGCCUGGGUUGGAGGAGAUGCUGUCUAGAGGGAGUGCAAAGAUUGUUGGAGCUAAACCCAUCGAGAUAGUGUGUAUGAACGGGCUCACUGUCAACUGCCACUUGGCCAUGGCGUCCUUUUACCAACCCACGAAAGACAGAUUCAAGAUACUAUUGGAGAAGGAAAGCUUCCCUUCAGAUUUUUAUGCAGUGGAGUCACAAAUGCGUUGGCAUGGCUAUGACCCCAAAGAAGCAACGAUUUUUGUGUCUCCACGAGAGGGCGAGCACUUUUGGAGGACUGAGGAUGUGGUGCAACUGAUAGAGGAGCAGGGAGACUCUGUAGCUUUAGUCUGGCUUCCAGGUAUUCACUACUUGACUGGCUAUGUGUUUGAUAUGGAGACCAUCACAAAAGCAGCUCACAAGAAAGGUUGCUAUGUUGGGUUUGACCUUGCUCAUGCAGCUGGCAAUGUGGAGCUGUGUCUACAUGACUGGGGGGUGGACGUUGCUGUCUGGUGCAGCUACAAGUAUCUCAACAGUGGACCUGGAGGAAUCGCAGGAUUCUUUGUACACGAGAAACACGCCCACAACCAACAGUUACCACGGCUACUGGGAUGGUGGAGUCAUGAGAUGAAAACACGCUUUGUUAUGAACAACAUAUUGGAUCUCCAGGCCGGGGCCGCUGGGUUCCAACUCUCCAAUCCUCCGGUGAUGGAGUGCCUGAGUCUGAAAGCCAGCCUGGACGUGUUUGCUGACACCUCCAUGAGAGAACUGACCACCAAGUCCAGGAUUCUCACUGGCUACCUGGAGAUGCUCAUUGAGCAUUACCUCACUAAGGAGAAAGCAAAACCAGGCAGUCAGUAUGUCACUCUGAUAUCCCCCUCUGACCCGAAGCAGCGAGGUAAUAGUCUCACCCUUCAAUUUUCCUUCCCUAUGACAGAGGCCUACCAAAGACUCAAAAGCAGAGGUGUUCUGACUGGACUGUGCAGGUUCACCCAUACAAGAGUUGCCUUUUCUCCAUUGUACAACUCGUUCAAAGACACUUGGAGGUUUUUCCAAAUUCUCAAAGAAAUAACUGUUUGAAAGUUAUGCAUGUUUACAUGAAUGGAAACGCUCACAAAUUAUUCUGUCACAAAUUAAUUGUUCUAUAUAAUAAUUAUGUGUGAAGACAAAA